CGUUAAGUCAGGGAAGGCUGACUGGACGAGAGAGAACCUCGGACGUGGAUUAAACGGAGAAAGUAUACCUAAAUUGGUAAAAAAAAAAAAAAAAAUCCAUGUUGGCUCAUUCUAAGCAUGGAUUGAACGCGGAAAGAAAACGGACCCCCCACACCCCUCUCUCUCUCUAGUGCCCGCCUCGCAGGUGUUCGUUCGCCGGGGACGAGGAGGCUUCAGUCGGACGCCUUCCUGAGCCUCAACAGGGUGCUGAGGCAAGGAUAACACGCGCCAACUUCGGGGACCAAACGCCGCUAACAUUACAAGAGUACCCGGACUUUCUUUUUUCCCCCUCCCCUCUCCCCAGCGGUCGCUUUUCAACGGACUACCGCGGAGGACAGUUAACGUUUACCGGGCUCACACGGCGGCGUGACGCAGUGAGCUCGUUUGAAAACCAACUUUUUGAUUAUUUUUUUCCUACUAACUCUUCAUCGUCCGUGCUUGUCCUAAAAGCUACAACAAUACGUUUUAAGAGUGUCAGAGCCCAAACUAAAAAAUAUAUAUAUAUUUUUUUGCUAACCUGUUGUGCCACCGGUGGUGCCCCCCGAACGUAUCCGGGAAAGGCGAGCCAUUUUCGGGGAAAAGAGUCCACCCGUUUCGCGCCCACUAGCUGAACAAGAACCAGAGUGGAUUACUAGUUAGGACAACUAACUACCAGGAUAAGUGAUAACAUCUCUAUGGCAACACUUGGAAGUACUAGUCGCUGAAUUCAUUACCCGAAUUCACGUCUUCAAAGCGAAGUGUUCGGCGGGACGAAUCCGCGGUGAGCUCGGACAAAGUACUCGGAUGUAUUAAUUGGAAUGGAAGAGAGGCGCACCGGCCGAGCGAUGGAACACACAGCAGGCUCCCCCGCAGCACGUUCACAACGCCGGGUGCUCGAGCCGUGAAGGCACCGCUUGCCUGCCCCGGUCCCUCCUGCUCUAAAAGCUUGACUUUGCAACACAGACGCUGCUUGAAGCUGUCGUUUUUUUUUUUUUUUUUUUUUUUUGGUGGGCACACUUUACAAGGAGACACUAUUUCUGCAUGUUGGGAUUUUGCCGGUUCCCAGGGUUCGUGGAAGAAUUCUGCGGGAUGAUGCUGACGAGCCGGAGGUUGCCCCUGCCGCUGCUGCUCCUUCUCGCCGGCAGCUGCCACAUGUUGCACGGCCAAGAGGUGGCGCCCUACCUACGGGGGGUUGGAGUGGCGCAGAGAGUGGUGUUGGAGGGAAACCGCCUGGUGUUGACCUGCUUGGCUGGAGGCAGCUGGCCCCUGCAGUACCGCUGGUUUCUCAACAGCAGCAACAUCACCGACUGGACGCCACAAUACAGGUUGUUUAUCCCGUCUCUGCAGAGGACAGAUGCCGGCUUUUAUCAGUGUACAGUGAGGAAUCGAAUGGGCGCGAUCAUACAUGGGAGAACCGAGGUGCAGGUGGCCUUUUUGGGGAGGUUCGCCGCCGAAGAUGUGAGAAUGACAGCGAGCCGAGGCCGGGCCGCCGUGCUCAGCCCGCCUCCCCUCGCGUCCUUCCCGCAACCCCUGGUCACUUGGUACAAAGACGGACAAAAGAUUAUUCCCGACGACCGAAUAGCAAUUACUUUGGACAAUCAGCUGGUCGUCCUGGCAACCACAACUGCAGACGCCGGACGGUACCACGUGGAGGCCGUGAACGAGAUGACUGGAGAUAACGUGACCAGCCCUGCCGUCUACUUGAGCAUCUCAGAUUUGGAGUCAGACGAUGACGCUCCGGUGAUUGUGGUGGGACCUAAAGACACCAGAGUGGUGGCAGGCAGCAAGGCAACCCUGGAGUGUGUUGCCAAUGCCAGAUCUGUGGACAGGCUGACGGUGGUGUGGAAACGCAACGGGCGUCCUUUGGCCAAUGGCCGUCGGCUCAUAGUUCCCGCUUCGGCCUCCUCUGAUGGUGGCUUGUAUGUUUGUGAAGCGUUCCUAAGCAACAGCACAACACAAUCUGCGGCGGGAAUGGCGAACCUCAUCGUGAUUGAGCCGCCUUCUUUGUCCGCUCAGCCUCCCAGUAAGAUCCUUGCGGCGCUCGAUAGGAAUGUGGACAUUCCCUGCCUGGCCACAGGUACGCCACAGCCCAGGAUAGAAUGGUACAAGGAUGCGGUGCCUCUGUCCAAGCUAGCCAACCCUCGCUACAAGGUCACGGGUGCAGCCGGACUGACGGUGCGGCGAGUGCAGCCGGGUGACGGCGGAAUAUUCCAGUGCGUCGCUCGCAACGUGGCAGGAGAGACUCAAGGCCACACGCAACUCCUCGUCUCGGAUGUUGCUCCCACGUUCAUGGUACGUCCGGCUGACAAAACCGUCACUGAAGGCAACAUAGCUUUGUUUACAUGCCAAACAAGCGGUGCUCCCAAACCAGCCAUCACCUGGAGGAAAGGAUCUCAGGUGUUGGCAAGUGGUUCUGUUCAGGUUCCCAGGUUCACGCUGCUGCAGUCAGGCAGCCUUCAGAUUCAACCCAUCGGCUUCCAGGAUUCGGGAGAAUACUCCUGUAUCGCAUCCAACUCGGAGAGAACUAUCAACGCCACGGCCACGCUCACUGUCUUGAACCGUACAGUCAUCUCUAUACCUCCUUCUGACCUUCGUGUCAUCAAAGGAACCACUGCCAUUUUGGCCUGCAAUGCUACUCAUGACCCUCGAGUCAAUAUCAGCUUCAAGUGGGAUCGUAGCGGCGUGCCAGUCCUUCCAACCAGCGGGGGGCGGGUCUCCGUGCGCCAGGGCUCCCUUACGAUUGGCCAGACCUGGUCAGGGGACAUUGGGGAUUACACCUGCUCUGUCACCUCCAAAGCGGGCAACGAUUCCCGAUCUUCACGACUCGAAGUCAUCGAGCUGCCACACUCUCCCCGCUCCCUGGCAGCACGGCUCAAUGACUCAGACUCUCGCUCCGUCCUCCUGUCCUGGCUGCGCCCUUUCGACGGGAACUCGCCGCUUCUCUACUACCUGUUGGAGCUCUCAGAGAACAACUCGCCGUGGAAGGUCUACGUAUCCGAGGUGGACCCAGCAGUGACCAACAUGUCAGUGGGCGGCCUCACGCCCGCCAGAACCUACCAGUUCCGACUUUGCGCUGUCAAUCAAGUGGGAAGGGGACAAUACAGUGCGGAGACACAGAGGCUGAUGCUGAGAGAGGAGGCCCCGAGUGCUCCUCCCAAGAAUAUUGUGGCUAGCGGUCGGACGAACCAGUCCAUCAUGGUCCAGUGGCAGCCCCCUCCAGAACCACAGCUCAAUGGAGUCCUCAGAGGAUACAUGCUAAGGUACCGACUGGCAGGACUUCCAGGCGACUACCAAGAGAAAAACAUCAGCAGCCCGGAAACCAACUACUGUUUGCUGAAGGACCUGAUCAUAUGGACACAGUACCAAAUCCAGGUGGCGGCCUACACCGGCGCCGGCCUGGGCGUCUACAGCAGCCCCGUCACUGAAUACACCCUGCAAGGAGUUCCCACAGCUCCCCCGCAGGAAGUUAAAGUCAUUGCUCUCAACUCGACCACCAUCCGCUUCACGUGGAACCCCCCACCUCAACAGUUCAUCAAUGGCAUCAACCAGGGAUACAAGCUGCUGGUCUGGCCAGAACAGGCUCCAGAGGAUGUUACCAUGGUGACCAUCACACCGGACUACCCCAGCUCACGACACACUGGCUUGGUUAACGGACUGAUGAAAUUCACCUGGUACUUGGGGUCCAUCCUCUGCUUUACCACACCUGGGGACGGCCCCCGCAGCACCCCUACUCUGCUCCAAACACACGAGGACACACCUGGCCCUGUCCGUCAACUGAGUUUUACCAAGAUCUUGGACACAUCUGUCCAAGUCAGCUGGGCAGAGCCUGAAGAAAAGAACGGCAUUAUCACUGGCUACACGCUGUGCUGGGAGGUUUCCGGCGUGCAGUCGAGGCGUGAGGAGCGCGCCCUGUCCAACUCCACGCUUCAGUACCAGCUCACGGGCCUCACCUCCACAACCAUGUACACGCUGAAGGUGGCCGCGCUCACUGCUGCUGGACGGGGCGUGGUCACCUCAUCCAAUAUCUCCACGGGAGUCCCUCCAGAGCUUCCUGGCGCUCCCUCCAACUUGGUCAUCUCCAACAUCAGCCCCCGCACCGUCACGCUCCGGUUCCGUCCUGGUCCUGACGGGAAGACCGCCAUAUCACGAUGGAUAGUGGUGGGCCAGGUGGUGAAGGAGGAUGGCGAGGAGGAUGCGUGGCGGGUUGUUUACCAGCUUGAUAACCAGCUGGGCGCUGACACGCUGGAGAUCCCCAACCUCUCACCCUUCACUAAGUACAGGUUUAAGAUGCAGCAGGUGAACAUCGUGGGUUCCAGUCCCCUCAGCGCCCCCUCCAGGCUGAUCCAAACCUUGCAGGCGGCCCCAGACACGCCCCCUUCCAACCUCACCUUGCUGUCUGCUACACAGACCAGCCUUUGCUUCAGCUGGAAGCCUCUCCCAGAGUCUGAGUACAACAGCAGUCCCGAGACGGUGGGCUACCGGCUUCGUUUGCGGAGGCCAGAUGGUCUCGCUGAGGAUCGGACCGUGGAGGUAGAAGGGGCAGGCGCUGGCAAGGUCACCGUGGAGGGCCUGGCUCCUUGGACGUACCACCAAGCCCAAAUACAAUCCUACAAUUCCAUCGGACCCGGGCCGUGGAGCGCCACGGUCACAACGCGCACUGCAGACUCUGUCCCAUCAGACUCGCCUGUCGGUGUGACUGCCGAUGCUGUGAGCUCCUCCAAAAUUCUCCUCACGUGGUCUCCUGUCCCUCAGGCAAAGCGAAAUGGGGACAUCCUGGGAUACAAGGUUUUGUACUCUGAGAAGGACUCAGAACGACCCCCCAGUGUUCUUGUGGCAGAAGGAGAGAGGAACAUGUCGCUGCUUCUCAUUGCGCUCCAAAAGUACACCGUAUACUUGCUGCAGGUGCUGGCGUACACACGCUCGGGUGACGGACCCCCCAGCAGCGCGGUCCUCCUACAAACCAAAGAAGAUGUCCCAGGACCCCCCGUCAGGGUGGUGUUUCCGGAGGUUCGCCUGUCUUCAGCAAGGGUGGUGUGGGAGCCUCCCACAAACCCCAACGGCCUCAUUUUAGGCUACCAGAUCUCCUACCGCCUGGAGCACAGGGACGGUCAGCAGUGGACCACGGUGGAGGUGGGCUCCAACGGUCGGCAGUUCACCGUCACCGGCCUCACGCCGGAGCAGAGCUACCUGUUCCGACUCGUGGCUCGCACCGCUGUGGGCUGGGGCCAGGAACACGAAGCCCUGGUUGUCACCACGGAACGCAGAGAGCGUCCCCAACCACCCAGGAAGUUGUCUGUUCCCCAGGAUGGCGUUGAAGCGCGGCAGCUUCGCCUCCAGUGGGUGACCGGCAGCUCAGGCUCCUCCCCCCUGAGGUACUUUACCGUACAGAUCAAGGAGUUGCCCGACAGGGAUUGGACCACUCAUACGGUGGACCUCCCGCACAACCAGACCACAUGGACCAUAGACAGGCUGAAGCCCUUCACCUCAUACAAGCUGCGAAUGCUGGCCACCAACGAUGUUGGAAGUAGCGUCCUCAGUAAGGAAACGGAGGCGGUCACAACCUUGCAGGAUGUUCCUGACGGGCCUCCUGAGAUCCUCUCCGUCAAGCCGUCAACCACGACCUCCGUGCUGGUGCAGUGGAAGCCUCCUAGCGAGGACAGCGUCAACGGGGUGUUGACAGGAUAUCGACUGUAUUACCGAGAACUCCCGUCAAACACGUCUUCCUCUGCUGAAACGGCCCAGACAAGCGCAACCAGCUCGAGUGCCCUCAUGACAACCAAGAGCACCUUCAAGACCGUCAGCAGCGCUUCACUGACAGAGUUUGAGUUGACUCAACUGAAGAAGUUCACGCAUUACCAAAUCGUCAUGACGAGCCACAACAUCAUCGGCGAGAGUCCACCCUCCAAUCCUGUGGAGGUGUCCGUCGGAGAGGCAGCUCCAUCAGUGGCCCCCCAGUCUAUCAGAGUGUCAGCUGCAUCGCCCUCCUCCCUGGAAGUGAGCUGGGACACGCCCCCUUUGGAGACCCAGAAUGGACUCCUCCAAGGAUAUAAGGUCCACUACUGGCAGAAGAACAGACAGAACCAGACUGAGAAGGUGAAGGUGAUUUUUGUGCCCGACACUCACGUGAACCUGAAGAACCUGAGCAGCUACACUUCUUACCUGGUCACACUGACCGCCUUCAACAUGGCCGGGGACGGCCCACCCAGCGACCCUCGUGGUGCACAGACACUCCCGUCUGCUCCCAGUCAGCCCAGUGCGCUGUCCUUCUCUGAGGUGACAGGGGGAAGUGCCAACGUGUCCUGGGGGGCUCCCUUAACCCCUAACGGUCAACUGGAGGGCUACCGGGUCAUCUACCAGCCCACCGCUCCCGUGCAAGGCGUGAGCAAGGUGGUGACGGUGGACGUGAAAGGCAGCUGGCAGCGCUGGCUGAAGGUUCGAGACCUGGUCAAGGGAGCCACCUACAUGUUCAGUGUUCAAGCGCUCACCGUCAGCUACGGACCCCCGAUAUUUGCUAACCUCACAGCCGAGGCCGUGCAAGGUGCGCCUGGGCCACCCACGGACAUAUCCAUCUCCAAGGCGUCCUCUGCCCUCACCAUCCACUGGUCAGAGGGCGACAGCGGCGCGGCGCCAGUGAGUGGAUAUGUGAUCGAGUCUCGUCCCUCAGAUGAGGGCGUGUGGGACUCCUUUAUCCGACUCCUGUCUCCCAGCACCAGGUCCGUGUCGGUGCCGCUGGAGCGCCUGCGACCCGGGAUCAGCUACGAGUUCCGGGUCAUCGCUGUUAACCGCUUUGGUUUUGGACAGCCGAGCACGCCCUCUGCUGCACUCGCUGCGCUGUCAGAGCGUCCGUUCUACGAGGAGUGGUGGUUCCUGUUGGUCAUGGCCCUGGUGGGACUCAUCCUCAUCAUCAUCCUGGUCUUCACCCUGCUGCUGCACGGACACAGCAGCAAGUACAAGGCGUGUGGCACAGGGAAGCACAUGUCUGCAGAAGAGUCGGUCACUUUGGACAACGGAGGUUUCACCACCCUGGAGCUCAACAGCAGAGCGCUCAGCAACACCAAGAGCACCUUCCUAAAAAAGAACGGGACAAGGUCACCGCCUCGCCCAAGUCCAGGCGGCCUCCACUACUCGGAUGAGGACAUCUGCAACAACUACAACGGAGCUGUUCUGACGGAGAGCACUACGCUCACGGAGAAGCCCACUGAGGUCUCGGAGUCCGAGCUGACGGACAGCGACUACGAGGACGAGCAGCCCAAACACUCGUUCGUCAACCACUACAUGAGCGACCCCACCUACUACAACUCGUGGAAGCGGCAGCCCAAAGGCCUCAAGCCGCUCGGCUCGCCUUUCAGCUACGAAGAGUGCGCCGCCGCCGCCGAGUCGGAGCCGUACUACCAGACGGUGGUCACCCAGCACAGCGCGGGCGGCGUCUACACACCCACGGGGCAGCGGGCCCACACGCAGGCCCACCCCAGCCCCAGCAACACCAACCCGCCUGGCUCACGCACACCCGUGACGGGAUUCUCCUCCUUUGUGUGACCGCCGCCACUUUGUGUGCACAAACUCUGAAGGAAGUGUGGGGGAAUCGGCUUGGGAGGAAGACUGCGAGCCUCCUUAGGAACUAAAGCGCCACCUUCCACUUGUCUCACAAAGACCUUCACUCGUGUCAGAGCGUCCUUCAUGCUUGAGUGUCACCGUGCUCACACAACACACACACACACACACACACUUGACACCUCCACGCACGAGUCGUGCGCCGCAGAGACCCUUGUAGACGAGCGUGAGGCACGACGCGGAGAAAUCAGCACAACGCUUCUCGUCUGUCGUCUCUUUUUGCACACAGAAAAUACACACCGCGUCUGAAGGAACGUCGUCGUGGGAGAAGACGGCACAAACAUGGAGGUGACAGCUUUAAAAGAAAAAAAAAAAAGGAUAUCACUGUUAAAAGUUGGUGAAAGUGUGUGUGUGGCACUUCUGUACUUAAAUUAUUGGUUGUUGUUUUUUCUUACUAAUGCUCCUCGUCCCGCAGCUUAAGUCCAUUGUGUUCUCGUUUCACACCAGCAUGCGUGCAGAAAAUCGCCGCGUACGUAUGGUGGUCAUUUUUUUACCGCUGGAUUUUGUACAGGUAAGACAUUUUACUUGUGUGUUUGUUCAACCGCUCAGAACCUGUCAAACAUGUGAAGGUGGCUGAGCAUUGACCCCUGCAGAACUACUGGCCAUGUCACGCCAAAUUUCUUCCCUCCUACAAAAACCUUCCCCCUUCCCAUUUACUUCCAAGGUCAUGAUUAAUACAGACGUUUUGUUAACGCUAUAUUAUAAAAAUAUAACGCUAUAUUAUAAAAAAUAUAACGCUAUAUUAUAAAAAUACAGACGUUUUGUUAACGCUAUAUUAUAAAAAAUCUAUUUUAAAAAACAAUUUACAAACACGGGCUUGACGGUGGCAGAGGGGUUAGUGCGUCUGCCUCACAAUACGAAGGUCCUGCAGUCCUGGGUUCAAUCCCAGGCUCGGGAUCUUUCUGUGUGGAGUUUGCAUGUUCUCCCCGUGACUGCGUGGGUUCCCUCCGGGUACUCCGGGUUUCCUCCCACUUCCAAAGACAUGCACUUGGGGAUAAGUUGAUUGGCAACACUAAAUUGGCCCUAGUGUGUGAAUGUGAGUGUGAAUGUUGUCUGUCUAUCUGUGUUGGCCCUGCGAUGAGGUGGCGACUUGUCCAGGGUGUAGCCCGCCUUCCGCCCGAUUGUAGCUGAGAUAGGCGCCGGCGCCCCCCACGACCCCAAAAGGGAAUAAGCGGUAGAAAAUGGAUGGAAUAUACAAACACAAGCUAUGGGAUGAGGUAAGAGGAAAUGUGACCCCUGAAGUAAAUGCGUCAUCCCAUAGCUUGUCUUUGUAAAUUGUUUUUAUUUGUAUUUUUUAUAAUAUAGCGUUAACAAAACGUCUGUAUUUUUAUAAUAUAGCGUUAACAAAACAUCUGUAUUAAUCAUGACCCCAGAAGUAAAUGGGGCGGAGGGGGUUUGUAGGGGGGAAGAAAUUUGGCGUGACAGCCUUCUUCAGGCUCGACUGACAAACACACACACACACACUUUGUACCCGUCAUGUAUAAUUUACCGGUUCUCCUAGCGCCCAGCACUCUGUCACACGUUUUAACACUCGCGUGGUGUGUGAUUAAAAUGGUUAUUGUUAAA